AUGAGCUCCAACAAACUGGAUCUUGUUUUGAUCGUAUUCGUUGCAGUUUUAGGACUUCCCUGGUUAAGCUAUGGUGAAUCGGUGAUGAAAUAUGGAGCUGUCGGGGAUGGAAUUUCAGAUGAUACAUCUGCGUUACAAAAGGCGUGGGACAGUGCUUGUAACGGAAGCUCCAAAAUUGGAAGUGUAUAUGUACCGGCAGGGAAGGUGUUCCUACUUAAGUCUCUUCACUUUACGGGUCCUUGCAAACUCAAACCUCUGAUUUUCACGAUAGAUGGAGAGAUGAAAGCACAGAGUGAUCCAAACAAGUGGCAAAAAGGAGAGAACGGGAUAAUACCAUGGCUCAUAUUCGAACGAGUGGAGGGACUUCUACUAUCUGGACGUGGCUUGUUGGACGGCCAAGGCAAAGGAUGGUGGGACAUUCAUUGUAGAGACCACCCCGGACCUAUGAUGACAUUCAGCAAUUGCAGAAAUGUAAUAUUGAAGAGUUUGAGAUUUAGAAAUAGUGCACAAUCACACAUUCUUGUAAUGGGAAGCCAAAAUGUGCAUAUCAAAGACGUCAAAAUAAAAUCUCCGGAGAUUAGUCCUAACACCGACGGUGUCCACAUCACAUCUUCAUCUGCCGUUUCUAUUACUCAUUCCGACUUCGCCACUGGUGAUGAUUGUGUGUCGAUAGGAGAUCAAGUGCAUAAUUUGAGUGUUACCUAUGUCAACUGUGGACCUGGUCAUGGUGUGAGCGUUGGGAGUUUAGGUAGAGGAGGAACAGAGGUAGAAGUGGAAGACAUACGUGUGGCGCACGUUAACUUCACAGGAACAACUAACGGCGCCCGAAUCAAGACCUGGCCUGGAGGAACUGGCUACGUCCGUGGAAUAGAAUUCUUUGACAUCCGUUUCUCCAACGUUCAAAACCCCAUCAUCAUUGAUCAGUUCUAUGGUUGUGCUCCUAAUUGCGUUCGGACUGAAAAGGCAGUUCACAUAGAGAAAGUGAAAUAUAUGAAGAUGAGUGGAACGUCGAGGACAGAGGUGGCAAUGAAGCUCGAGUGUUCAGGGAAGAAUGCAUGUUCCAACGUUUUCAUGAGAGACAUUGACUUGUCUCCAGCCAAUGGCAUUGGUUCUGUCUCCUCUACCUGCAGCUUUGUACAAGGCUCAACUCAAGGCACCAUUCGACCUUCCUCCUGUAUCCAGUGAACCACCAAUUGACUCAUUUUUUAAAAAAAAUUGUAUAAAACUGAAAGUUGAGGUAUAAAUUGGAGGAAUACGAUGAAAUUAGGGGCCAUAUUGGAAAUAAACAAGAAUUAAAGAUAAAAAGGCCUAUAAAAGAAUGUCAGCCCAAAAAGGCCCAAGAUUCACUGAACUUUGCUUCAUUGUUUUUCACAUUCUCAAAACC